ACAACAAAGAGCGCGACUUAACGUAAGGGGGAAGGAAGUGAGGAGGAGUGUGUUUGAAAACUGUUCUCAAGUUAAAGUUAGCCUACGUGGCGGAGGGGGCGAGAAAGACUUUGUGGAGAAGCACCUGCUGAGCGCAUUCUGUGAGUCGUCCAGCUGAUGCGCGCGCGGCUCCCGCGAGGACCAUGGAAGUGCUGCUGCGCCUCGAGGCGCUCUCGCGUGCAGUGAGCGCGCUGCCCAUGUUCCCGCUCUUCGACGCGGCGCACUACGUCGCGUCCACGGUGGCGCUCAGGGAGCAGCCAGGUGCAGUGGGCGUGGCCCGGCAUAGCCCGUUUGCCUGCUGGUUCAGUGCUAUGCUGCACUGCUUCGGAGGGGCUGUUCUCUCAGGUCUCAUGCUGGCUCAGCCCUCCGUGGCCCCCCUCUCCAACACUGGCAGUGUGCUCUUGGCUUCUCUUGUCUGGUACCUGGUGUUCUACUGCCCCCUGGACUUGGUCUACAGGUGUGCUGCCUUCCUGCCCAUCAGGCUGGUUCUGUCUUCCAUGAAGGAAGUGUCCCGCACCUGGAAAGUUCUAGGAGGGGUCACACAAGCCCGCAGUCAGUACAAGGAUGGGCUACUGGUCAUGGUUGCUGUCGGUUGGGCAAGAGGUGCUGGGAGCGGCCUCAUCGGGAAUUUUGAGCAGCUGGUUCGGGGAGUCUGGAAGCCAGAGACCAACGAGCUUUUGAAAAUGUCCUAUCCCACAAAGGUCACCCUGAUGGGAGCGGUGCUCUUCACACUGCAGCAGGCUGGGAGACUCCCAAUUGAAGAGCACCACCUCGUGUUUGUGUACACAGUCUUCCUUGUCUACAGCAAGGUCUGGAUGAUGCUGACUGGUUCUGCCUCUUCUCCCUUGGCACCCCUUGAAGCAGCUAUGUACCGCGUUUUCUUUGCUUUGCAGCCCCAAGAACCAACCUGCACGAUGCAGACAUGCGAUCAGCUCAGUGAACCAGGGAACCCCACCCGUUCCACAUCUGAGAAUUCCAGCACUGCUGGUUCAGUGGGCCUUGGCAGCAAAGUGAACAGCAGUGAUUGUGUUGAAACCCAAGAACACUGUUUGGCAAAAACAGAGGAGAUUUUGGCACAGAGCACAGAACAUAGAACACACCUUCAAAAGAGGAAGUAGCACUGACUGUCUUAGACAUCCUCUGUUUUCUAAUUGUACCAGAAGUGCUUUUCUACAUUCCAUUCUACAUCAUCCAUAACAUAUUUACUUGACAGUGGAACAUAGAGCAGUUGGUCACAUGACAUUAGCACUUGCUUCCUGUGACUGCUCAAGGUGUUAAGUAUGUCCUUUUGCUUUAUUGUUGCAGUGCAGUAUUAAAUACACUGGAAUGCAAAGAUCUCUUGUAGUUCAUUUUUGGGAUUUUGCAGAUUACCUGUAGAUGCUCUUUAGUACUACUUAUAGAAGGGGCAACAUUCAGUUAAAGUUCUUUUAACACUCCUAGGAAUAUCAAUAGGCUGAGAUGUAUGGUAUUUGUAUUUGACACCCCCCAAGAAAGUGUAGGUUGGUUCUGUCUGGAUUUUAAAGUAUAAAUGUAUAGCAUUCUAGAAAAUAAUAUAUUUUGAAAUUCAAAUUUAAUGUGCUUUUUUGAGAUGUUAAAUUUUCUGCACUGUUCACCUUUGUCAACUGUUUAUUCAACUAGCGGUUGUAUUUCUCUAAAGCAAUGAACAUGUUUUCUAGGGUUGAGCUGAUGCCUUUGUCCAUGGUAAAUUAAAGCACUGGAUACAUUGCA